AUGUCUUUUGCCAAUCUGGACCUGGAGGCCCAGAAAAGCGUUGUUCGGCCGUCCAAGUCGACGGCGUCCACACAGCAGCUCAAUACGAUCAGCUCGCAGCUGUCGGACCUGAUUUCAAACAUCACGAAAUUUGACAAACUGCAGCAGCAAUUGGGGACCAAAAGAGACACCCUAGGCCUGCGGAACAACCUGGCUUCGCUCGCUAAGAAGUGCGACUCGUUGCAUUUGCAGGUGGAGAAAAGUAUCACCGAGCUGGAAAACAACCCGGACUCUUUGGAUAACCCGACUUUGCAAUACAACAAACAGAAACUCAAGUCCCAAUGCACAGACAUGUUCCGCAACUACCAAUUAAUUCUGCGAGCGUAUAAUGAGCGGUUGCAAUCCGUUGUAGUGAACGAGGAAUACGACUCGAACCAACAGAAUUCUGCUCCGAUCGAAACCACGCCUCUGUUGGCUCAGCAACAAGAACCGCAAAUUAGCAAGGCAGAAUUAGAUUUCCACGAGUCGGUCAUCCAGCAAAGAGAACACGCUAUCGACAACAUCUCCCGUGGAGUCCAGGAUAUCAACAAGAUCUUCGAAGACUUAAAUGAGAUCGUUAACCAACAAGGAGAACAAAUAGAUACCAUCGAAGAUAACCUACUGGCAUACACCAGCGAUAACCAGCAGGCCCAUCGCGAGCUGGUUAAGGCGGAUGCGUAUCAAAAGAAAAAGCGGAAAUGGACGUGUAUAUUGCUGGUGGUAUUGGUCGUUGUCUUAUUGAUAGUGAUUGCUCUAAUGAGUUAA